AUGGCGCCCUCCGUUUCUAUUUCCAUUUCCAUUGCACUCUUGUUUUGUGGAAUGUAUUUAAAUAGUAUAGUUGAAUUAGUGGAGGCAUCAGAAUUAUCAUCAUUGGAACUAGAAGCCGAAGCUUUGCUGGAGAGUGGAUGGUGGAGUGCCCACACCAACAAUACCUCAACUCGUUGCGAGUGGCCUGGUAUUACUUGCAAUGCUGCUGGAAGUGUCACAACGAUUAACUUGGCUAAUCGGCUCUACGUAGAUAAGUUUAAUCUCAACCUCUCUUCCUUCCCUAAUUUAGUUUAUCUUGAUCUUCACAUGACUCGACUUAAAGGAAGUAUUCCAGUUGAAAUAGGUACUCUAUCCAAACUCACUCAUCUUGAUUUGUCUACCAAUUAUCUAACAGGUGAGUUGCCUCUUUCACUUACAAAUCUCACCAAAUUAGUACGGUUUGACAUUUCUUUUAAUCAAAUCGUUGGACCAAUCCCUUCAUCUCUCUGUCUUUUAACCAAUCUCACCUAUUUGGUAAUGCGUGGAAAUCUAAUUAGUGGUUUCAUACCAUCAGAAAUAGGGAUGUUGAAGAAUUUGGCCCAUUUGUACCUCAAUCUUAACAUGCUCACCGGUCCAAUCCCUUCUACUUUGGGUAAUUUAACUAAUUUGAAUUCUUUGUUUCUUUAUUCUAAUCAAAUCAAUGGUUUCAUUCCCUCGGAAAUAGGAAACUUGAAGAAUUUGAAAUUUUUGUCUCUCAAUAAUAACAACCUUAGUGGUCAAAUCCCUUCGGCUAUAGGUCAUUUAACAAAUUUACAAGGUUUGGACCUUAGUCAAAAUCAAAUCAAUGGUUUCAUUCCCCCAAAAAUAGGCAAUAUGAAAAAUUUGAGUAUGUUAUACCUUCGGAAGAACAACCUCAAUGGUCAAAUCCCUUCGACCAUAGGUCAUUUAACUAAUUUGGAAUAUUUGAGCCUCGGUGAAAAUCAAAUUAAUGGUUCCAUCCCCAUAGAAAUAGGGGACUUGAUGAGUUUGAGAUACUUGUUUCUCGAUUAUAACAAUCUCAUUGGUCAUAUACCCACUCAAAUCGGCAACCUUCAUUCGCUGGAAACUCUUAAUCUUAGUCAUAACUUUAUCAGUGGAGAAGUACCUGAUGAACUUGGGGUUAUUGGGGAUCAAAUUUACUUGGAUCUCAGCUACAAUAAUUUUACAGGCAACAUUCCUGAUACUUACACUUCUAUUCAUAAUGUCAACUUGUCAUAUAAUUCUUUGAAGGGUCCGAUUCCUAGAUAUUUUGAUCAAAAUCAUACAUUUUACACACUAAUUGGAAACAAGGAUUUGUGUGGUGACAUCAUGGGCUUCCCUCCUUGUCUUCUAGCCAGUAACAAAUCAAUUGUAACCAAAGUGAAAAUUUUUGUUCCCAUCACCAUUUCCCUUGGAUUCUUAGUUCUUGGGGGUUUUCUACUGUCUCAACGCAUGGUAAAAAAAACUCAAUUUGACUCAAGAGAAGCAAAGAAUGGGAACUUGUUCUCGAUAUGGAAUUAUGAUGGACAUAUUGCAUAUGAAGAUAUCAUUGAGGCAACCGAGGAUUUUGAUAUAAAGCAUUGUAUUGGAAUUGGUGGUUAUGGUAGCGUUUACAAAGCAGAAUUACCUUGUGGCAAAGUGGUUGCCUUGAAGAAACUUCAUCGUAUGGAGGCUGAGAACCCAACUUUUGAUAUGAGUUUCAGGAACGAAGUAAAAGUGUUAACAGAAAUCCGUCAUCGAAACAUUAUAAAACUUCAUGGGUUUUGUUUACAUAAUCAAUCGAUGUUUUUGGUUUACGAGUACAUGGAAAGGGGAAGCCUAUUUUGUGUCCUGAGCAAUGGUGUUGAAGCUAUGGAAUUGGAUUGGAGCAAGAGGGUGAACAUCAUCAAAGGUACUGCCCAUGCCAUAUCAUACAUGCAUCAUGAAUGCAUUCCAACAAUUGUUCAUCGAGAUAUAACAAGCAACAAUAUUUUAUUGAACUCGAAACUAGAGGCUUUUGUCUCUGACUUUGGCACAGCUAAACUCCUUGAUCCUGAUUCUUCCAAUCAAACGUUAGUUGCCGGCACUUAUGGUUAUGUUGCUCCAGAGUUGGCCUAUACCAUGAAAGUAACUGAAAAAUGCGACGUUUAUAGCUUUGGAGUGGUGGCAUUGGAAAUAUUAAUGGGAAGACAUCCAAUGGAACUCCUUACUUCAUUAUCAUCAUCGUCUUCUCAAAAUAUGAUGUUACAUGCAAUAUUAGACCAACGUUUGCCUCCUCCAAAUCAUCUAAUUUCACAAGAUAUUUUCCUUGUCGCUACAAUAGCAUUUGCGUGCCUACAAACCAACCCAAAGUCUCGGCCUACAAUGAAAUCUGUGUCCCAAGAAUUUCUUUCUCGGAAGAAGCCAAUAGCCAAGCCUUUACAUGCACUUUCACUAUGGCAGCUAAAGAACCAGAAAAUGUAUAUGGUUGGAUCAAGGGAUGAAACUCAAUUAUGA